AUAUCGGAAUAAAGUAAUUAUACGAGGUCCGUAUCUUUUUGGGUAUCUUAGAAGAGUUUGAGAUUUGAUCCCCUGUCCAAGACCCCUAAUCUUGUCCACGGGACACACGGGGAGGGAGAUGCCAGCGGGCUAGAGGUCUGCUAGCAGUUACAUCUUAUGUGUGAUUUUAUGGUCGGAUAAAAAAACAAGAUCCAUAGCCAUACGUAUCCAAUUCCGAAAUAGAGGAGAAAGGUGGAUGCUUUUUUACCUCCUCGCCAAGGUCACGCGUAAUCUAGGACAUGGGAAAAACUUCACAGCUGAAACCAGACGCCUUCGUCACGUAGAAGAUCAAUAAUCACGACAAGACAUCUUGGGCGCGUGUCAGUUAAACGCGGCUGAAAACAUUAGGCGGUGUUCUGACUUGGCCUUCUCCUGACCCAACGCGGUUGAAAUUUCGAGCCGACGAUGGACGGUAUUCGGGUAUUGUAGGAGGAAAACGACCCCAAUAAGAAGAAUCAACGGUUCGCAUAGGAAUUGUUCAAUCUGGCAGAUGGAGAGAGACAGAGAUGAUGGUAUUGCAGUUAAAGGAGAGAAUCCAGCGGCACUUGCAGUUGCAGAUGCAGAGGUUGAUGGCAAAGCCCAAUCGUCGGCUCUGAGCUCGACCCUCUUCCUGGAUCGUGUUGGCCAGGUCAUUCUGACCUUCAAUUCAGAUGGCUUGUCUUGGAGCAUGGUCCAGUCCUUCAAUAAUGAUGAGUCAAGUUGUUUGGGUGUCAAACUUGCUCCUAAAGUUGUAACUGAGAUCAAAUUCUCUGAUGUUUAUGCUGUUGAGCUAAUUGACUAUGGCUUGGUUCAUGAAUCAAAUCUGCCAAAUGCUGGAAAAUUUCUUGUUGGUCAUGACAAUGAGAUGUACUGGUUUAAAGUGCAUGGUUUCCAAAGGUCAAAAUCUCAGCCUUCUCUUUGGGUCUUGUCUCUAUUCACAUUUGGUCAUAAUGAUCCACAAAUGUGUCAGAUGUGGGUGAAUCGAAUUAAUGCUUCUCUGAACCUUGAAAUGGGGAGACCAAGAAAUCUUCUGGUUUUUGUUCAUCCAAGGAGUGGGAAAGGGAGUGGCUGUAAAAUCUGGGAAACUGUGGCACCUAUAUUCUCACGUGCUAAAGUCAAAACAAAGGUCACUGUGACACAGAAGGCAGGACAGGCAUUUCAUGUGAUGGCUUCUACUUCGAACCAGGAGCUUUACUCAUAUGAUGGUGUUGUAGCUGUUGGUGGUGAUGGUUUCUUCAAUGAAAUUCUUAAUGGGUUUCUUUCUUCAAGGCAUAAAGCUCCUUACCCACCAAGCCCAACAGAUAUUAUUCAUUCUGCUGAUGGACAUGGCAGUUCCUUGGUUCAUCAUGGUUCAAGUGGUACAGUUGCCGAGACUUCUUAUCGAAACGAAGAUGGGUCACCUCUUCUCUCAAGUACAGUGCAAAAUUUCACAGACCAAGAUCGUGACUUUCCCUUCUCUGAAGAACAGUUUAGAUUCGGAAUCAUUCCUGCGGGUUCAACUGAUGCCAUUGUGAUGUGUACCACUGGAACUCGAGAUCCCAUAACAUCAGCAUUGCACAUUGUACUAGGUAAAAGGGUAUGCCUUGAUGUAGCUCAAGUUGUAAGAUGGAAAACAACCUCUGCAUCAAAACUUGAUCCUUGUGUGCGAUAUGCAGCUUCUUUCGCCGGGUAUGGGUUUUAUGGAGAUGUCAUAACUGAGAGUGAAAAAUACCUCUGGAUGGGCCCCAAACGUUAUGAUUAUGCAGGAACAAAAGUGUUUAUGAGGCUCAGGUCAUAUGAGGCAGAAGUAGCUUACUUAGAAGUCGAAUCGGGGGAAGCAAAUUCAACAUCUGGCAGAGGUCACGUGAGUGGUAGCAUACGAGCAUUGUGGAGUCCGAAUAAAUCUGAAAGAGUGGUUUGUCGUGUAAAUUGUGCCAUUUGUAACGACAAACCAAUUCAUGUAUCUAUGGGAGAUCCCCAAACUACCACUUACUCACGACCAGAAAAAACAAGAUGGUUGAGAUCCAAAGGCCGUUUUCUUAGCAUUGGUGCUGCUGUAAUCUCUUGCCGAAAUGAAAGAGCACCAGAUGGUUUGGUGGCUGAUGCACACCUUUCGGACGGUUUCCUGAACCUCAUAUUGAUUAAAGACUGCCCUCAUGCUUUGUAUCUAUGGCACCUUACCCAACUUGCAAGGAGAGGUGGAACUCCCCUGAACUUUAAGUUUGUUGAGCAUCAUAAGACAACAGCUUUUGUGUUUACUUCUUUUGGCAAUGAGAGCGUUUGGAAUUUGGAUGGUGAGCCCUUCCAAGCACACCAACUCUCAGCACAAGUAUUUAGAGGCCUCGUUAGCUUAUUUGCAUCCGGUCCUGAAGUUUAACAGAAGACCUCGCAAAAGGGCUUCCAAAAGAAGAUCUUGCUUAUGCCUAUAUAUUACCAGUCGCCUUGUGAUCAAGUUAUUCGAUCAAUAUGGCUUCGUACAAAUGGCUUCUGGGUAUGGUGACAAUUAGCAAACAUUUCAGGGGGCCUUGUUUUGAGAGAGGCAGAUUAAACCUGCACCGGUGAUGUAUUACUUUGCAAGGAACUAGGGUGGGAGAAAAAGGAGUCUUGCAAUCCUGCUGACCAAACUUUCUUUCUCAGAAGUAGUCCAUAAUUUACAAAGUGGUCCAUUUUGUAAUGCAAAUUCGUACGUGAAACACAAUCAACUGUCAUCUUUCUUGCUCCAUACCAUCUAUCAGCCUUUUGUUUAUAGAAAUGAAAAUAUAAGUUUGGACCGAUCAAAUCUAGAUUGUUAACGGGUGGACAACAGUUUAAUGUUGAGCCAAAACUCUAUUAUCGAAGGGCAAAUAAAUUUGGACCAAAACCGAGGAAUAAUAUUUCGUAA